AUGAAUUUGCACGGUCUCUUCACUUUCGUGUCCCUCAUGGCCGGUGCCUUGGCUGAACAGUACAUCGUCUCGCUCCAUCCAUAUGCAUGCCUUGACAAGUACCUAAACAAACUCAGAGCAGGUGGCACCAUUGAAGUCCUGAGUACAUCGGAACCUCCUGUCGGAUGGUACAACGGCGCUGUCAUCGAGACUACUGAUUAUAACGAAAUAACCCUGAAAGAAGGUUUCCCAGAGGUCCUGUGGGCCGAGGUCAAUGCUAUUGUUACAAUCGAUCCCAUUCGAGGCCCAGAUUUACCAAAGCCGAGCCCCCCAAUUCCCACAUGA